AUCAUUCAUCAUCAGAGGGCCGGUAGUGAGUGCUUUUCAUUUACAAAAAGCAAAUUUCACUCUCCCAAAAUAAUAAAUUAAAUAAUAUAAAUAUCAAAUACUCAUAAUUAAAUAUAUAUAAAUUAUGCAAACCCUUUGUAAAUCACUCCUACCUUCUGCCAUGUCUGCACUCCCUUCUUCUUCUCAGGCGAGAAGGAUGGUCUGUGUAUGGCCAGGUAUUAGGCAACUGUGUCUACGUAAGAACCUUAUGUGUGGGUUUGUGCAGUUGUUUUCGUUUCCAUUUAAAACCGUGCGAGGAGUCAGUCGAUCUCUUGGUGUUUCUCAUUUGUGUAGCAUUUCCAAUUUGUCUUCAUCAUUGCAAAUCGAAUUGGUGCCUUGUCUCAAGGACAAUUAUGCAUAUCUUUUGCAUGAUUUAGAUACUGGGACUGUUGGAGUGGUUGAUCCUUCUGAAUCUCUACCAAUAAUAGAUGCCUUGAGCAGGAACAAUCGGAAUCUGAACUACAUUUUAAACACCCACCAUCAUUAUGAUCACACUGGUGGGAACGCGGAGCUGAAAGCAAGGUACGGUGCAAAGGUAAUCGGGUCAAAUAUAGACAGGGAUAGGAUUCCUGGCAUCGAUAUAAGCUUAAAGGAAGGGGACACUUGGAUGUUUGCUGGGCAUGAGGUGCAUGUCAUAGAAACCCCUGGCCAUACCAAAGGCCAUAUUAGCUUUUAUUUUCCGGCCUCUGGUGCUAUUUUCACUGGAGACACUUUAUUCAGUUUAUCAUGUGGCAAAUUAUUUGAAGGAACUCCUGAACAGAUGCAUGCAUCCCUUGAGAAGUUAUUAAUGUUGCCAGAAGCCACAAAUAUAUACUGUGGUCAUGAAUAUACAUUGAGUAAUUCGAGGUUUGCACUGUCUGUUGAGCCUGGGAAUCAAGAACUACAAUCAUAUGCAGCCAAUAUAGCCAAUCUGCGGAAAAAGCAAUUACCCACGAUUCCAACCACCUUAAAGAAGGAGAAGUUAUGCAAUCCUUUUUUGCGCACGUCUAGUCAAGAAAUCCGCCGUGUAUUGAACAUUCCAGCCAAUGCAAGUGAUGCCGAGGCAUUGGGCGUGAUACGACAAGCCAAGGAUAAUUUUUAAAUAAUUUUAUGUAUACCCAUUUUAUUUCCUGUCCAGCAAAUAGAUAUUAGGUCUAACUUUUUGUAAGAUUGUAUUAGCAACUAUACUUAUUGUUGGACCUUUCACAAAAGUCUGAAUGAAUGAUUACAUGUUCCUUGUUUUCAA